AUGAGCCAAGAAGAAUAUUAAAAAUAAGAAGAAGCUCCGAAUGUUAACGGUCAACCAAUCAUUGGAUAAGUUCAGUAGAUAUUAAAGAGAAAAAACAAAAAGAGAGCAAUUUUAAACCCAUAAUAGAGCACAGGACACUGGAGUGAAUAAGAACAUAAAACAUACAUUAAUUUUCUCAAUGUACAUAAAUCAGUCAUGGAAUCUUCUGAUUAAAAGAAAACAUCUAAAAUAUUUAAACUAAUGAGUGAAACUAUUGGAACGAGAAGUCCUUCACAAUGUAGAUCUCAUCAUCAAAAAUUUAAUCCUUUCUCUCAUCAAGUAAAAAAGAGGUAGAAAGGAGCUGGUCGCAAGAAAAAGGAAAGCAAUUCAUAAGUAGAUAAAGCUAACAAUGGAUUCCUAGAAAAUGCUUGUUUUCCUUAAUUUAUGUUUUAGCCCACUGCUCCUUAUUUCCCUUAACAACCUUUUGAUUUCUAGAUGAUGCAAUUACAAUAGUUUCCAUUUAUGAUGCAAUAUUUAGAUUAAACAAAUAAAGAUGAAGAAAAAAUAGUUUAAUAAGAUCCCUCUGGUUAUUUUCCUCAAUUCAUUAUGAAUCCUCAACAAGUAUAUGAUGAUAAGAACUAAUUUUAUAAUUUUGGUUUUCCACAACCAUAACAAAUGCAAUUCAACUUUAAUUACUUUUAACAAUUACCAAAUGAAUUCUAUGGUACCAAUUCGGCUGAAAUCAUCCAAAAGGAUCACUAAUCAGAAGAUCAAUGAUUUAAUUAUAUUGUUUUAUUAAGUUGCAUUUAAAGAAUUUAAAG